GCAAGCCGUGCCCGAGGGCCCGGGCGACGGCGGGGGCACCGCCGGGGGCGACUCCGAGACCAGCGGCUCGGAAGGAGAGGCCGCCGCCCUGGCGGAGGUCCUGGCCGAGGUCUCGUCGGGCGAGAGCAGCGCCUCCGACGCGGAGGGCGCGCCGGAGACGCCGGACGAGCCGCCCGCCCGGAGGGAGCUGCUGAGCGACCAGGAGUGGUUGUGCCUGCGCGGGGAGGUCGGGCGCAAGGCCGCCGCCGCCGCGGCGGCUCGGCGGCAGCUCCUGCUGCAGGGCGGCCUGGAGGACGUGGACAAUGCCGUGACGCUGUCCGAG